AUGGACAAUGUUGAGUUAUAUAGUACCAUGAGAAACAUGCCUGGUUAUAGAAAUACAGCCAUCAUGAUGGUGUUUCAUCUCCUCGAUCUUCUGUCGAAGCAUUUGAAGAUGAUGGUGGAACAUCAACAUACACCUGUGAUCAUAACAGAGAAAGUCGCUCGAUAUCAUUACGAUGGCAAUUAUAAGAAUGCAUGUGAAGAACUCAAGAGAGGGACUUACAAAGCAGGAGAAGAGAUGAGAAGAUUGCUGUCCAAUGUGGAAGAAUGGAAGAAAAGCACAAAAAGGAAUUUUUCUUACUUCCAAGGAUACGGUGGCUUUGAAUCAAGUGUGUGCAAGGGAUUUGAUAAGUAUCUAAAGGGCUAUUUCGCAAAGAACAAUCCAGCAGAGAACAUAAAGAAAUGGAACGAUAUGGUAGAGGUUGUUGAUUUUGCCAGGUCUAGCUGGCUGAACAGUGAUUAUAAGAAGCACUUGUGGUUGAAGGAAUUGAACUCCAAGGUUCUUUGCUCUCCUGAGAUCCUUCUGCUUCUGAAUGGAAAGCUAUGCUUUAUACCAGAGUGGAGCUUUGAUAACGAGAGCUACAUAGCACAGAUUAUCCAAACUGAGCUUCAAAAUGACCCGUGGGCGCCGGCUUAUUAUGUAGAGGAAGCAAAAGAUAGAUAUGCACUGAUUACAUUAGUAAGACUUCUUCUAAUUGCAACGGAAAUAAAAGAUGCAGUAAAGCCAUCAUGGGUAGAAACUCAGGAAUUACAAAGUAAGUUAUCCCGGGUAGAAAGAAAAUUAGAAUUCGAAAAAGCUUACAAUCGAUGCAAAACAGAAGAGGAAAAGAUGAAAUUAGAUACUGCUAUACUCCUUGUGGAUGCAGCUGAUACUUUUGGGGUGAUUGAGCUUAGUGCAGCAAUAUUCUUUAUUAGUUGUGUGGUUGCUGCAUUUAUGAUCUUUGGGUGA